AUGGAGAGAACGGUAGACGAUGAUGGUGUGCGUGACGUAUCGUCACAGCAAUCAUCGUCACAGCAAGCGGGAGAAAAUUUGAUGGUUGAAAUGAUGAGAAUUUUUUUUCAAGAAAGAGAACAGGAGAAACUGGAAUGGGAUGCUUAUAAAUUACAAAAACAACGUGAUAGAGAACAGGAGAAACGGGAAAGGGAAGCUUAUAAAUUACAAAAACAACGAGAUAGACAAGAAAGGGAACAAAAAGAAAGGGAAAAGGAACGGGAGACAGAGCGAAAAUGGUUUGACCUGAAUACCAUGAUUCGUACAAUGAAAAAUAGGUUAGAUAAUAUUGAUGCCAACUUAGAGGCAAGAAUUAGGACAGUCACGGUGGAAUAUAUCUCGGAAUUAAGUAGUAAAGUUAAUGAAAGGAUAGAAGGUAUUCUGCAGAAGGUAGAUGCAUCUGAGGAAGAAUGUGAUGUGGAGAUGCUCAGGACAUUCAUUGGUUCUGACAUAGAUGAUCCUUCCUAA